AUGUCUCUCGCACUGAAUCGACCGUCCACUGCGGAUCUGCGGCGAUCUGGUGAUCCUAGCCGUAGCUGCGGGCCCACGAUUAUGGAAAUUAUCUCAACAGACGAUAAGCCGAAAACACUUCCUGCCUUUUCUGGACCUGCGCCCCCAAUGCAUCGCAUUCCUCCCGACGGAUCGCAUGGUCCACCGAGUGUGCCGGGCAUGUACGAGCAGCCGUGGCGCCACUACCCACCCUAUGAAGGUCACCCUGCAGAACAACGUCGAACAUCCACCGCUCCUCCGCCAUUAUCUUCACAUGGGUACCCUGUUAUCCCGAAUCGCGAGCUGCCGCAGCUUCCUCCUGACGGCCCGUAUAGUCGACAGGGAAGCCUAACAGCCCCAAAACAUACACCAGCGGAAGCGCAUCCACCGUUCCGGGGCCCCAUUAAUGGGACACCUCAUGAGCCGGCACCCCAUUCUGCGCCGCCUGAGUAUCGAUCUCGGAUGUCUUUUCCACCUCAAGAGCCACAUAGUAAUGGCGACGCUCCGCCUCAAUUGCCACCGCACUCAAUUCCCCCAGCUCCAUAUUCUACCCCCGUUCCGCCUAUGUCUCAUACACCAGCUCCGUAUGAUUCUAACUAUUAUCAGAGUCAGGCGUAUGGUAUUCGCCAGCGCAAAGCUGCACGAGCACAGCAGGCUUGCGACCAAUGCCGAGCGAGGAAAGCCAAGUGCGAUGAAGGUCGGCCGUCAUGUAGUCAUUGCAAGGAGAACAACUUGAACUGCGUUUACAAAGAAGUCCCUCCGCAUAAACAAGAAAAGGCGACCCAGCUGUUAUUGGAUCGAUUGCAGUCAUUCCAGGAUGCUAUAUUGGACAGAUUCGAUCGUUUAGACCAACUUAAUACGGAACACGGGAACAAUUUUAAUUCCAUUCUGGCAAAGAUAGACGCCAAGUCCAUACCAAAGGAACCACGGAAACCGGCAGUCCCGCAAUUGGCGAAGAAGGACAUAAUCGACAUCCAGGAGUCGAAAGCCAAGGAUGAGAAUAUUGCUACAAUACCGGAGCAGAUAUCAGAACCGACUGAAACGGCCACAGAGCAAGUUGUCCCGUCUGGUGAGGAUGGUGAGCUCUCAAUCCCUGUGGAGCACACGACGGCGGCUCAUAAAUUGCUGUUGUGGCCUUCUAUUCGGAAUCUUCUUCAUCCAAGAGAGUAUGAUGAGGAUUACGUGAUGACACUCGAAGAAAAGAGGGGCUUAAUCCGCGUCUAUGGUCGUGGAGAGGGAGAUGAGACUAGUGAGGACAAUGGCCUGUCCCCACCAUCAACGACCUUGAGUACUAGUUUUAAUGAAAACCAGCCAUACUAUGCGGCAUCCCCCUCUAAUGGACCUUGGGGGGUGUACGUAAACCAACCCCAGACCAAACUUGAGAAUAAGGGGCUUGACGAGAAUGGUAUGCUAACUGCAGACCCUGAUAUGAUCCGCCGUUAUCAUAAAAACUAUAUGAAACAUAUGCACCAGCUUCACCCGUUUCUUGAUCAGAGCGACUUAGAGAACAAGGUCGACUAUUUUAUCAGGAUGUACUGUCCAUUGAAAGGCCCUGUGGUGUCCCCUGGGGUGCCGAAUAAUCAUGUGAAUGAUGUGCCCCGAGGCGCAAAACGAAAGCGUUCAUGCGAAAACUUACAAGGUGUGGGAUGCGAUAUGCAACCCGCAAUGGAACAAGGUAGCAGCCGGCGUAUAGAGAAAUCCAUCUAUAAUGCUAUUAUUCUUCUGGUUCUCGCUCUUGGCAGUAUCUGCGAAGCAAAUCCUGUGCCCGGCCCAGUCACAAACUCCCCGGUGGACUUUCGAAAAGAGACAAUACCUGGUCCUCCUACGCACGGUCUAUUAUCGCCCGAGGGUUCGGAUUCUCUUCCCCAGUCUCAAGGCAGCGGUUACGUCACAGAUAACCACACCUAUGCAUCUCAAGACAAAAACUUGGAUUAUAUUCCUGGCUUAGCAUUCUACGCAUACGCUACCCAGAUCCUUGGAAGUCUCCAAGGAGCAAAUAGACUGCCUCAUGUUCAAGCAGCCUUAUUAGCAGGGCUUUACGCAGGCCAGUUGGCGCACCCCUUUCAAAGCCACGGAUGGAUUUCUCAAGCCGCCAGGGCUUGUCAAGUUUUGGUUCGAUCAAAGCGUUACACACAAAUGCCUGAUGGCCCCGACAAGGACCUUUACGAUUUUGCGUAUUGGACCUGUCUUCAGCUGGAGAGUGAUAUACUAGCAGAACUUGAUCUUCCCGCCAGCGGUAUCUCACGCUCGGAAGCUCGCAUCUCUUUACCCAAGGGACGGUUUACUCUUAACCUCCCAAAUGAAAUUUCCGCCCCAAGUACUAUGAUGAUGUUCUUCUACUCGGCCCAGAUUCAUCUAAGGAAGGUUCUUAACCGUGUUCAUACUGAUCUAUAUAAAGUUGAAAAGCAAGGGCAGACCCAUUGGUCCUCGCACGUUCAAGAAAUCUUAAGUAUGAAUCUUGAACUUUGGCGAAACAGUCUACCUGCUGUUAUGAAGUGGAAAGACACAGACCCACCGUCAGAAGAAAUUAACGUCGCGCGAAUGCGAGCCAAGUACUAUGGUGCACGUUACAUUAUCCAUCGUCCCUUACUCUAUCACGCCCUUCAUUACUAUGGACAACUAGGCCUUCGCGCAUCAUCGGAUGGUCCAUCUACUCAGGCUACUGCUAUGACUGCUUCCAAAUCACAGCAAAUAUCACCAUCAAUGAACCAUAGUCAAGGUGCCACAAACAUGGCACGUCUAUCAAGUGAUAUCGGUCCUACUUCUGGGUUCACAGGGAUUGCACACCGCGACUUGCCCACAAAGCUACGAAGAGCUUGUAAAGUUUGUAUUGAUUCAGCUAUUCUAAGCACAGUGGCCUUUGAUGGCAUAAAGGGUCGCCCGGUAGUAACCAACAUUUUCGGCACGGCCCAUGCACAAUUCGGAAACAUGUUGGUAUUGUCCGCUACAUACAUGUCUAGUCUCUCGGAAUUGGUGGACCGAAACGAGCUCGAGAGACUUCUUAAGCGAACAAUCAACUUUCUGCUGCAGAGUCGUUAUAUUUCUCCUACUCUCCGGGCUGACGCGCGAAUUCUUACUGAGAUAUACGAGAAAAUCUUUGGAAAUCCCUCAGAGUGGAGGGAUACAACUGAUUAA